GAGAUACAGAAGUUUUGAAAAACAAGAAGGAAACCAGCAAGGGAAUCAGUGGGACACCUUGGUGGAAGAAAUGUAAAAGAGUCCCUCAGGAACUAUGAGGCUGCAACACAAAAUCUCAAUGCACAAUUUGCAUCAGUCCUGCUGAAGUCAGAGGGGAAACUGUAGCAGAAGAGCUAGACCACUUUAAGGAACAAGAGAUGAUUGCUCCUCUUGGAAUCAUCUUAAUGAUCUGGUGGAUGCUGCUGUUUGCCCCAGCGUGUGAUGGCUGGCGAUGCACAGACUGCAUGCCCGGGACAGCCAUUAAAAAUUUCUCCUGUGUGAUUUACAAUAUUUCCCUUAUGAACUGCACUUGGCAUGUGGGCAGGGAUGCCCCACGUGAUACCCAGUACUUUCUCUACUGGCAGAACUCCAGAGAAGAAGAAGAAGAAGAGAGGGAAUGUGAGCUUUAUGUUGAAGAUGAAAAUGGGAGGCACACGGGAUGUCAAUUCCAAAAAGUGACGAUAACGGGUACAAAAGCUUACUUCGUGGUGAAUGGGUCUAGCAAAGACUCUCUGAUCCAGUUCUAUGAUGAGUACAUCGAACUGUAUACAAUUGAAAAGCUCAUGCCCCCAUUAAAUGUCACUGCCAACUGUGAUGGAAUUCAAAAAGGUUGCAUAAUUCAGUGGCAACGACCCCAAAUAAGUCAUUCAAACAAAGACAAGUGUUUUAAAUAUGAAGUUUACAUAAAGCAUAAGGCUAAUCCUGAGGAAAAGACCAAAGAUACUUUUAUAACAGAAAACAAAAAUAACUACAUAUUUCAGAAUUUCAAUACAAAAAAGAGGUACCUUGUGAAAAUCAGAGCAGCCGGUGGUGGCUGUCUUGUAAGCAAAGCCUGGGGGGAGUGGAGUGCACCUCUUGAGUUUGGAAAUGAAGAAAUUAUUUCUCCUUCAGUAUUGGUCUUAUUUCUGUCUAUAGUUGCAACACUCUCAGUGGCAAUCCUCACAAUUUUGUUCUGCAAAAGGACCGGCUAUUGGAAAGCAGCAUUUCCACAAAUCCCAGAGCCCAAAAAUGCACUUCAUGUACUGCCUGAUACAACUCUAGAGACUGAGUGUAAAAUGCAAUCAAUAACACCGGAAACUGAAGAGAUAAUAUUAGUUGAUGAAGUAAUGAAAUAGCCAAAGUAAAAUGAGGAAUUUGCAAGUGCAUUUCUCGGCUCAGAUGACUCCAUAUCCUUCUGUAAAUUCUAGUGUAAUCCUUAGGUUUUCUCCAGUUUCUUCCUUUUCAAAGACGAAGACAGUAGUGCAGCCAAAAGAGAUGGUUACCUCAUGUGCAAUUUUUUUAAAAAUCUAUUGUUUUUGCUUUAAAUUUGGACUGACUUCAGCUGUUUGGGUAACUAUUCUUUCUGCAUAUUGUCCUUUUU